UCUUGGUUAGGUGUUCACCCAAUCCUCACACGUACCGUGUGACUUCGCUGUUAUGUGAAGUUCAACAGAAGGAAAAACGUAGGCUCAGAUAGGUGAAGUGAUUUACCCAACGUCGCACAGCCGGCUGGUACUUUGUAUAUGAAUGGCAAAUGUUGUUUCGUUUGCCUUUUGACUUUGCUUACUGUUCUGCCUUCAUAGUUCUCUGCCUUUACCCAAAAACUACAGAAAAUGAACAAAUCCCAGGGAUCAGUUUCAUUCAUGGAUGUGACUGUGGACUUCACCCAGGAGGAAUGGGAGCAACUGGACCCAUCUCAGAGGAUCUUGUACAUGGACGUGAUGCUGGAGAAUUAUAGCAACUUACUAUCAGUGGAGGUGUGGAAGGCUGAUGACCAGAUGGAGAGGGACCACAGAAACCCAGAUGAGCAGGCAAGGCCAUUCAUAAUCUUUAAGAACCAAACCCCCAUUGAAGAAAGAGAUAAUCUGUUUGGAAAAACAUUUAAUCUGAGCACAGACUUUGUUUCUUUAAGACAAGUGCCCUAUAAAUAUGACUUAUGUGAAAAAUCUUUGAAAUAUAAUUCAGACCUACUUAAUAGAAGCUAUAUAAGAAAGAAAGCUGAUGAGUGUAAUGGUUUUGGAAAAGCACUCCUCUAUCUGAAGCAAGAGAAGACCCAUACUGGAGUGGAAUACUCUGAAUAUAAUAAAAAUGGAAAAGCCUUUGGCCAUAAAGAAGCCAUUUUUAAACAUCAGAAAAUUAGAAAUUUGGUGCAACCUUUUAUUUGUAAUUACUGUGACAAGGCUUUCCCCUUUAAGUCACUCCUCAUUAGUCAUAAGAGAAUACAUACUGGAGAAAAACCUUAUGAAUGUAAUGUAUGUAAGAAAACUUUCUCCCAUAAGGCAAACCUCAUUAAACAUCAACGCAUUCAUACAGGGGAGAAACCCUUUGAAUGUCUUGAAUGUGGAAAAGCUUUUACCCACCAGUCAAACCUCAUUGUACACCAGAGAGCACACAUGGAGAAGAAGCCCUAUGAAUGCAGUGAAUGUGGCAAGACAUUUGCCCAGAAGUUUGAACUUACUACACACCAGAGAAUUCAUACAGGAGAACGACCCUAUGAGUGUAAUGAAUGUGCAAAAACCUUCUUCAAGAAAUCAAAUCUCAUUAUACAUCAGAAAAUUCACACGGGGGAGAAACGCUAUGAGUGCAGUGAAUGCGGGAAAUCCUUUAUCCAGAACUCACAACUCAUUAUACAUAUGAGAACUCACACAGGAGAGAAACCCUAUGAAUGUACUGAAUGUGGCAAAACUUUCAGCCAGAGGUCCACUCUUAGAUUACAUUUGCGAAUCCACACGGGAGAGAAACCAUAUGAGUGCCCUGAAUGUGGGAAGGCUUUCAGCAGGAAGUCUCGACUCAGUGUCCAUCAAAGAGUUCAUAUAGGGGAUAGACCCUGAGACUGCAGCCAUUGUACUGUGGAAAACCCUUCCACCAAACCUUUCCAGUGGGGGAGAAACCUCAUGACUGUACUGAAGGAACAUGGGAAUUCAUACUGAGGUACAAUCUAUCAACUCAAAAACGUAUAAAAAGAGAGUCCCCCCAGUAUUAUCCUGAAAGUUAGGUAUGACACCCAGCUAAAUACAUAUCAGGAUAGAUCCAAUUGUAAAUAGACAUACUUAGCUGUGGUACAAUGAGCUUUUUAAAAUCCUGAAUGAAUUAUUCAAGAAUGAAAUUCUACACAGCAGCAUAAAGGAUCUACAGACAGUACCUUAGGACUUUAGUAGUUGUGUAUGAGAUUAUGCCACAAAACACAAAUUGUAUGUUUUAGCUCUGCACAUGUGAAUUGAACACAGUCACUGGAGUUUGAAAUUUUUGUCUUCUGAUAAUUAGGACACAUUAAACAAGAUUUUCCUUACUAAACAUCACAUUGUGUUUUUCAGUACCUUUACAACCCAAGAUGCAUUCCAAGUGAGAUGUGGAACAGAUUUUUUAGUAGCAUGUAGCGUAUGUCUCUUCCUACUGCUUGCUGGCAUAUAUAAGUUGGUAUGACCAUUGUUACUGUGCUGCCUCUUAAUAAACAGAAAACAGUGUUGUUGAAGUUGUAACCCGCUUCUGGGUUUCCUGAAGAUUUUUUAGAAGCAUUAUUUACAUAAAUAUGCAAGUGAGAGAUAACUAAGAGGAGGUUUAGAGAGUGAAAGAGGCAGAUGUGGGUUCUAUUACUCAGUAUGCACCACAGACUAAAAAUGGGCUGUAUAAAGAGAAUAUCCCCAUCCAUCAUGCUCUUGUUAUUUUUCAGUGGGGUAUUUACAUACAAAUGCAUGUCUUUUACCAAAAUAUUGUAUAACCCAGAAACUACUUGUAUUUUGUGUUUCCUCGUUUCUCUUAAUAUUUUAUGAAUUGUCUUGCAAAAAGUAGGAUGUAUAUGUAGUUUACAAAUGUUACAU